AUGCUGCUGAUUUUGGUGUCCCUGCUCUGCAGUGUUCCUGCAGCCAAGGCCUGUCUGCAGUGUGACCGCAGGAUCAGGCUCCUGCAUGAGGACUUUGUCCUGUCUGCUCCCUCUGUGGGCGACCAGAUUGAAUUGAAAAAGAUUUGUGACUAUGCCUAUGUGACCUACAGACAGACCAGCCAGAAAAGGAAGGGAGUCAUUGAUUCUACCACCCUGUACAGAACCAGAACAGAGUACCAGAGUGAAUUUGACCGCUUCUUGAAAACCCAGCACACUGGACCUGUAACAUUUGAAGCCAUCCAGAUCCUGGAGAAGGGCAGGAAGAUCCUAGAGAAACACUUGGACACAUUCAGCCGCGAUGGAUUGUGCCCUAACAAGUGUGGGCUUUUGAGACGAAGAGUAAUGGAUUGCUUCACUUGCCGCUACAAGAUGUACAUCUGUCCCUCUCCCUCUGGCCAGCAGGACUGCAGUGAGUACCCAGUGCAGGCUGAGGAGGGAGGCCAGGCAGUGUUCAACUGUUUCCGCCCAUGGCAUCGUCUUCUGUUGGGAAGACCAGAGUACUACUACUCCUGGGCCCCUGGUGUGCCAGGAACUAAAAAGCUGAAUGAGAGUGACUUCAAAGCUUUGGCAGUGACAGGCGACUCAUCUGUGGUCUUAAAUCAGCUGCGUGUGGAUGAACAAGGAACAUAUCGCUGCUCUGUGCGGGGCCGAAAUGGAACCAUCUUCUACAGAGUCACUUUCCUACUCACUGUCGCCCCUUUGCCUAACCAAACUCGCCGACCCGUCGUCACUCUGCCUCCUCUACCUCAUGGAGACAACUACUCACCUUUUCAACCCACGUACAGCCUCCUGGUGCCAGUCAUCGCCAUGGUUACUGCACUAAGUCUGGCAGCAAGCGUAGGCCUCACAGUUGUCCUGGGAUUGAUGAUAAAUCAGAGUGUCGCAGAGGAGGCGAGAAGAAGGCGGAAGGAGGGAACAAACACACAAAACGCGGUUCAAUGAAGAUACAGUCUACAGUAAAUGCACUAGAAGGUUUCACUCAGUUCAGGUUGGACAUUUCUCUCUGUGGCUAAAUAAAUUCCCCCAGCAUAAAGUGCCAAGUCAGAUCUGGAAAUGACAAGGAAGUGAGAAAACACUUACGCUACAUGCACAUGUGGCGUAAUGAAUCAGGAAGUCUAUAUAUUGUUUAUCUUAAACACUGAAAAAAACUCGAGAUUCAGUGUUGAAUCAAACACUGAGCUCGCACUCAUGAGACAGAGAGUUUGUGGUAUAAUAAAAACACAGCGUACACACACAAACACACACACACACGAAAAUUCCCCCUGAAACCACUCAACUUUCCGUAACAUUAAGCACAAGCUCGCCAGCACGCAUCAAUGAUCUGACCCCAGCAGGGACAUGUUCCCCCUGAAU